AUGAGAAUCAACAAUAUUUUGAUCUUCUUAGCUUUAGCAUUAACAUUAUUGCUCGGCACAAUCGUUACAAUUAAUUCUUCUUCUGUUAACGAAAAAAUUGGUGAUGGAGCUUGCUCUGGAGUUAACUAAGGAUGUAGUGAUGAUACAGAUUGUUGCAGUGGUUUAAGAUGCUAGAUGGUACCACAAAAGUUCUUUGGAAAAUGUGUCUGA